CGCCCCGCGCCCGAGCCGCAGUCGCGCCCUCUCGCUGCCUGGCGAAGGCGCGGACGGCGCGCGGAGGCGAGCGCGGGGGAGACGAGCUGCCGGCGCCACAGCCGCCGUCAGGGCAUGAGGAUGGCCGUGGGCUCCGUCAAGAUGCAGCCGCCGUGCGAGAGCCCGGCCCUGGCCGCGGCGGCGGCGGCGGUGGCGGCGGACGGCGCCCUGCGCCGCAGCCCCAGCGCCCGCGAGCAGGAGCGCGAGCAGCCGCCGGCGCCGCCACGGCCGCGGCUGAGGGACCUACCAGCACUGCUGCGGAGCGGGCUCACGCUGCGGAGGAAGCGGAGCGCCGCCGGGGCCCGGACUCUAUCGAGAAGAAUUUCCAAUCCAUACCUUGAGCACACUCCUUCCCAGAUUUAUGGAGAGAAUUCUUCUUGUGCGGGAAGAGCAUUGAGGAAUAUUAUUAUUGUUCAGGCUGCUGACCUGAUAAAAGACAGAGUGAACCUGAAGGGAUUUUACAGGAGGAGCUGUGUUGGGUCAGAGCUGGUAGACUGGCUUCUAGAACACUGUCCCUUUGUCCAGUGCAGAUCUAUGGCCAUAGGGGUCUGGCAGCUCCUACUGGAUAUGGGAAUUAUGUUAUCAGUGGACCAGAAUUUAUACUUUCAAGAUACCUAUGUUUUCUACCAGUUUUCAUCUGAUGAAUGUAGCUAUUUGUAUUGUGAAUUUGAAAGAGAAGAAGAAUGGCAGAAUGGUGUCAAACUUUUACUGCAACUUGUGCCUCUCAUUCCUGCCAAAGCUGGCAUCUGUGAGCUGUCUCAUCAGAAAAUUGAAGACUCAGAAGAAAGCAGUGAUGAAAUUCUUGCUCGUCUAACGUCUGCGGUGCAGAGAGAGCUUGCAGCUGUGAUUGCUUUGAAAGCAAGGAAGUCUGCAAUUGAACAAGAUGAAGACAAUGGUGACAAACACGUAAUUGUGGCAGAAGCUGAAGGUGUUCCAGAUUCUCAGGCAGGAGUGAUGUGCAAACUCCAGGAGAGAGAUGACAUCGGACGAAUUGAACUGGUUCAGAAGCUGGCAAGAGACAACUGUCAGUUUUUGCAGACAGACAAAAAGGAACAGGAGAAAUCUGAACACCUGGAUGAGGAAGUGGCCACGGUCCAGGUGAAGGAGCAGGAGAGGAACGUCCUGGUGCUGAAGAAGGUGCAGUGCUGUGGCCCAGCCCCCCUGGCCAGCGGCAGCGGCAGCGCCGAGAGUGAUUGGAGAUACGUGGUCGUGUCCGGGACCCCCGAGAAGAUUUUGGAGCACCUUUUGAAUGACUUGCACCUGGAAGAAGUCCAGGACAAAGAAACAGAGACCCUCCUUGAUGACUUCCUUCUCACAUACACGGUCUUCAUGACAACUGAUGACCUGUGCCAGGCGCUACUAAGGCACUAUUCUGCUAAGAAGUAUCAAGGCAAAGAAGAAAACUCAGAUGUUCCUUGUCGGAAACGUAAGGUCUUACAUCUCGUGUCCCAGUGGAUUGCUCUGUACAAAGACUGGUUACAUGAAGACGAACAUUCCAAAAUGUUCUUAAAGACCAUAUACAGGAAUGUACUGGAUGAUGUGUAUGAAUAUCCAAUACUUGAAAAAGAACUGAAAGAAUUUCAAAAGAUACUUGGAAUGCACCGUCGUCACACUGUAGAUGAAUAUUCACCACAAAGGAAGAAUAAAGCCCUUUUCCACCAAUUCAGUCUUAAGGAGAACUGGCUCCAGCAUAGAGGAACUGUGACUGAAACAGAGGAAAUUUUUUGCCAUGUGUAUAUAACAGAGCACUCCUACGUAAGUGUGAAGGCAAAAGUUUCCAGUACAGCACAUGAGAUCCUGAAAGUUGUGGCAGAAAAGAUCCAGCACGCAGAAGAGGAUCUGGCUCUGGUGGCCGUCGCAUUCUCUGGGGAAAAACAUGAACUUCAGCCAAAUGACUUGGCCAUCUCCAAAUCCCUUGAAGCAUCUGGUCGGAUAUAUGUCUACCGGAAAGACCUGGCUGACACUUUGAACCCAUUUGCAGAAAAUGAGGAAUCACAGCAAAGGUCGAUGAGGAUUUUGGGAAUGAACACUUGGGAUCUUGCUCUGGAAUUAAUGAAUUUUGAUUGGAGUCUCUUCAAUUCAAUCCAUGAGCAAGAGCUGAUCUACUUCACGUUCAGCCGACAAGGAAGCGGGGAGCACACCGUGAACCUCAGCCUUCUGCUUCAGAGAUGCAAUGAAGUCCAGCUGUGGGUGGCCACGGAGAUUCUGCUCUGCGGCCAGCUGGGCAAGCGAGUGCAGCUGGUGAAGAAAUUCAUCAAAAUCGCUGCGCACUGCAAAGCCCAGAGAAACCUGAAUUCUUUCUUUGCUAUUGUGAUGGGUCUCAACACUGCUUCUGUGAGUCGGCUGUCGCAGACCUGGGAGAAAAUCCCUGGGAAGUUUAAGAAACUUUUCUCUGAACUCGAAAGUUUAACAGAUCCUUCCCUGAAUCACAAAGCCUACAGAGAUGCUUUCAAAAAGAUGAAACCACCCAAAAUCCCAUUCAUGCCCCUGUUGCUUAAAGAUGUAACAUUUAUUCAUGAAGGAAAUAAAACAUUUUUGGAUAAUCUUGUCAAUUUUGAAAAACUGCAUAUGAUUGCAGACACUGUCCGGACCCUGAGGCACUGCAGGACUAACCAGUUUGGAGGUGACAUGUCUCCAAAGGAACACCAAGAGUUAAAAUCCUACGUUAACCACCUGUAUGUCAUUGACAGCCAGCAGGCCCUGUUUGAGUUGUCACACAGGAUCGAGCCUCGGGUGUGAGCCCCAGCAGCCCACCGCCUCGCCUCCCCUGUAACUUGCAGCACUUUGAGCUAUGGGAAUGUCAGUGCUGAGCACGUUGCUUUCCUGUGAGAAAAGAAGUUGCUGAGUUUUAUCAGUAUAUCCUAAGACACCCACCGGAAAGCCCAGCAAAGCGUGUUCAGGAAGUUGAUGUCAGCCACCAGACAUGGGGAGAGGCCUCUCCUAGCUGCUCUCAGAAUGAGAAGGCAAAGAAAGCGUCAGAAGCAUUCUUGAAAUGGAGAAGUCUGGUUUCUUAUGACUGCAUUGUUGAUCCAACCCAGUUUUCAACUUGAGAUGUGCCCGCGUCAAGACGAGAGCGUGUCUUGUCCUACAGUGACCCAAUAUUUCAGUACGAGUGUGCACGAAACGGGAGUUUUAUGUUGCCUGGUGACAGAUUACUAUUUAUAGGCUGUCAAAGAAGCAGCUCAUCUGAACACCUAAAGACAGUGAUGGCAUCUCUAGAUUUCCAGGGAGAAGGAGUGGCCGCUGUCAGUACAAACUGUGACAUCACCAAAAGCCACUUGUGUCUAGGAAAUUAGGACUGCAGCUGGCAUCCAUGCUCUGAUUUCCAAAAGGGAAAUGUCAAGGCAUGCAUUUCUUUGCAUCCACAAUCACUUAUCAAUGUAGGCUUGCAGGUGAAAUUCGUUUCUGCACAACCAAUUUGCAACUAUAGGCCAGUUAGAGUACGUUGCUUUACCAGUAAGGAAAAAUAGUAAUCUUUAAGAAGUGGACUCGUUGCUCAGUUUCUGGAGAUUUUCUUUACGUGUGCAAGAAGAUUCGCAUUUCUUACGGGAACAAUACGAUUUUUGAAAAAGCACAGCGCCUGAUAGAUUAUAGGCACUCAGUAACUGUUUAUCAAGGGAACAGAGUCCCAGAGGUCUACAUUCUUGUGCCUGGCGAUGCCCUAGUGUUUGGCAUCCUCCAGCAGGCUCCUUUGCCCACAGCAGAGAACGGUAACAGCCAACACGGGGAGGUGAAGUGGGAUUUGGUGUGUGAAGCUCUUAGCACUCCCUAGAGAAGAGCAAGGUAUUUAGUAGUGACUGCCUAUCUCUCAGCAAAUGCCAAGAACCCCCAAAAUACCCAAAUGUGUGAUUAUGUUGGACACUUCAAAGUCCUGCAGUCCACUCCUAAUCAAGGCCCAGAGCUCUUCUGUAAUUUGUCUUUUAUCCCCCAGAGUCUCAGAGUCUUCGAGUCUACUUUUUAUUCCCAUUUUUAGAGACGGGGGCUCCUACAGUAGAGAAAACCUCAUGCUAUUCUCAAGAACUGGUUAGAGAAUUUCCCCCGAGCUUAAAAUGAACAAAAAAAGCCUGUGGGCAUUGCUAAAAUACAAGGGCCCUCCUUCAUGAAUUCAGUCCAUUCAUCUUCUACACGUGUGAGUUCUCUCCUGCCUGUUCAUCUCUUGGGUGUCUGCACAGAACUGCUCCCUUUUGGCCCAUUAACACCUUAUUACUGUGGGUAUCCAAUGCUUUCUGAUACCCUGUUAGCAGUGCUGUUUCCUGAACCACACUGAGCUUGAGAGAGUGCUGGAAGGUACCAUGUGGAGGAAAUUUUGGGUAGGACUUUCAAAGAGAUUUGGUCUGUCCCAGCACGUGUAAACUUCAAUCCUGAAAACUAACAGAGUUUUACAGAAAGGGACCAUCCGGGGAUGGUCCACUCAAAGAAAAGCUCCAGGCUACUGGGAAUGGACAGAGACCCCCUGGAGGAGACCAGAGCCAUCAGGACUAGGAAAAACCGGUUCGUCUCAUGGCUGAUCAAACACUGGAGAAGCUCUCCCCUUGGCAAUUAUUGGGGACAGCAUGGGCGUACAGCACAAGCCCAUGUUCUCACCUUUUCUCUGUGCUGGGGAGGAUCAUUUGGUCAGUCUAAUCAUGUAAGGCCAUUUUGACAUUGUCUCCACGUUUUACAAUUUAAGUGUCUGUUCACAGGAGAUCUCCAUUACUCCAACCAGAACAUGACCUCUCGAGGACUAAUUUUCAGUGGAGGACUAUUUCAACAUAGCACCUGCUGCUUAGAUCCCAAUCCAAAUAUGUACACAACCAAAUGAAUCCACACGUACAUCAUGUUUAAACUCAUUCUGAUGGUGUAGUCAGUAUUCCACAUGUCGUGGAUAGAAACAAGCCAGGGACGAUGUGGGGCUCGCCCAGUCUCCUCCAGCCAUGGCCAUGUGGCUCUCAGGGCAGCAAAGGGAAGGGAGGGUUUGGUUUAGUUUACAUUUGCUUUUUCAUUCCUGUCUCCCGAAUGUCAGAAUCUCCAAAUCUAUGUGAAAUUUAACAACCGUCUUCAGAGAUUUCCCAAGCGUCAGCAACUCAAAAGUUUCAGAAGCCCUGUGAAGACGUAAAUCAGGAACUCAAGAAUUGAAGACAGAACUGGGAAUGGCUUUAGCUCCGCAUGAAACUUUCCUGAACAAAGCUGAGCUGUCUGGCCGUGAGGCUCCCUGUGAAUAGGGAUUCCCUUUCCAAACAUUCGCCAAGGCCUCUUUGAAAUAGAUUUUGUUCUGGCUAGAAGGGUGGACCAAGAUGUCGAAGCUCCUUUCCCGCUCUAAGAGUGUUGCGAUUCCAUAAAAUCUCCAUUCACUCUGAAAAUCUCUAAUCUGCCAACUUCCCCAGCAAGUGGUGCCCCAGCACUUCUCAGUGGGUCCUUUCUGCUACGGCACCACCCUCAGGCAGUCCUGUGGGUUCAUGGAUUCGUCCGCAUCCCGGCAAACCGGCCCUGCUUACAAGGUAGCACAGGACCAGUUUUGUGGGCAAAACUGCAACCUUCCUGAACAUUUUUUUCAUACGUAUUUCCAGAUGCUCCAAAGGCUACAGUGUUUUAAGUUCACUUUUUGUUAUCAUCUGUACAAUUGCCAAAUGGUUACAGUGCUAAGUAUUAUGACCCACGUUCACUUUAUUUUAGUAUCAUUAAUUCUAUUUAGAUUAAUGCAUUUCCCUAGACCCAUAUCCACAGGCAAGUUGGGUGGAGCGUGCAUUGAAUUCAGAAUAAUGAGGAUAAAGGAAAAAGCCAGCCGUCCCAGUUGGCAGGCAGAAGGAGUUGCAUCCUGGAGGCUAGCCUCUGGGUAGGGAGAGACAGUUGCAGGGAAGAGGGGGUUGGUGAUUUCUGAUGCCCGGAGCUGGGCUUCACCGCUGCCCCAGCCCCAGCCCCUUUGGCUCGUUAUGGCUGUCACAUCGCAGAUCUCAAACCUCGUGUUCUGAAAUGGCACAGCUGAUCCAAGCUGCUCAAGAAACUAGACAGAAACAUUAAAAAGGGGGAAGAUCAGGUCCACUGCAGUUAUCUAACACAGCGUUCUUUUUAAAUGCUUCAAAGACAUGUCCUUAAAAUUUCAGCCUGCUCAUUAAUGAGCGGGCCAUUGUGCUUAAAAGUAGUAGGGGGAAGAAAGGUUUUUAAAAAUUGCCAAAAAGUUAGAUGAAAAUGUACUACUGUAUAAAGCAAAGCUGUAUAUACUAAACGUUUUUUAGCAGAGGAAUAUUUAUUUGCAUAGCCUAUUUAUUGUAUUCGUAUUACACGGUUAUUAAAUACUGGGAUGAAAUUGAUGCCCUGAAGCAAGGACUCUUGCCUUUUUAUGUAUCAUUAAUUAGGACUGCUGUGACAUUGUCAGCUUGCGUUAACAAUUAGAAGAUAGAAAACCCACAAUCAGGGUGUCUACCUAACUUCUCAGGGACUACACUUCGUAGUUUUCCACCAUUUAUAAGAGCUGGUAAAUAUGAAACAUUUGUGGAAUUACCAGAAUUGCCAUUAACAGUAUUUUCUUUCUCCCAUGUCAUGCUUUCUGCUUCUGUAUAUAGGACUGUGCUGUGUAUUUAUCGAAGCUAGUAAGCAAUAAUUUAUAUGUAAAAAAUGGCCAAGCAAUAUAAGGUGAACACUUCUAUAAGUCACUGUUACCUUACCUUGUAUUUUCAAGUGUUUUUUUUUUAAACUGCUUUUCCAAAUAUAAGAUUAUGUUAAAGAUA